UUCCGGUUAUUUCAGCAUACCCGCAGCACUAUGGCUCCGUCCGCUGCAGAUAUGGUUUUGGGUUUAAAAAGCAUUUUAAUUCCACAUUACAUUGGAAAUAUCAUACUGGGUUUGUCAUACUUCGUGAUGAAAACUUUUCCUCCUAUCUGUACCCGUAUAUUUGAAGACUGCAGCCUAGAAAUGAAAGAAUGGGAAUGGAUAACUUUUCUUGGCUGUGUAAUUGUUCUGAAGAACAGAAAACAAGCAACUUUUGGAGCUUAUGUCAAUACAGCAUGCCUAUUUGCAAAAGUGUUGUGUGGCUUCCUGUUCUUCAAGACUAAUGCAAUGUAUGGAAUUUUGUAUGGUGUAGCCUGUUUAUUACACUUUGUGUUCCUGCCAGAGCCGAUGUACACUGGACCAGAGAUGGUAACCUACUUCAGAGGACCAAACCUGGAUGAGGAAAUCAAGCGUGACAAAAGAGUGAUAUGGCUGAUUACAUUUUAUGUGGCCUGGUCACCACCCUGUGUAUCAUUUGCCAAUCUUUUCUCGGAACUCUCAGCUGAGUACAGCUUGGAUAAUUUAAAAUUUGGAAAAAUAGAUAUUUCAAAAUACCCAGAAGUAGCAGAAAA